CGCACCACCACUCAGUUGAACAUUGCACCACGCGCGGACCGCGUCGCGCCAUCGCCACGCUCACGAACUAUGUGCAUCCGAAUGAAACGAUCUGUGAUAUAGUGUUAAGUUUCAUGUAAAUUAAGUGCUAGAAGUAACUAAAGUAUCCGACAGAAUGAUGACUGAUAAAAUAUCGAUUUGCAUACUCGUUAUAUUCGCUUUCCCAGCAAUACAAUGCAUAUCAGUAGUAGGUCCAAAGGUUUUAAGGCCAUAUAGUGCAUACACGGUGGCUCUAGCCGGGGGCUCCCGCGCACACACGCUCUAUGUAGCGGUGGAAGGAAGACGUGCCAGUGGAGAGCAGUUCAAUCAGGGCAGAGAGGUGCAGAUACCUGCCGCGUCCUCUCGACUCGUUGAACUUGAUAUAGAGGAUCCCGGCCCGGGGCAGUACUCGCUGGUGGCACGUUCGACCUCGGGACCGCUAUUCUCAUCGUCGGCGCCGUUGGUGUACCAACCGCGCAGUUUUUGCGUCUUCGUACAGACCGACAAGCGCGUGUACCAGCCCAGUGACACCAUUAACUUCAGAGUCGUCGCCUUGGACAAAUAUCUUUUACCGCUCACUGACAAUGUGGACAUUAGCAUACUGGACGCAGGAGGGUCCCCGGUGCGACAGUGGGCCGGCGUGGCCUUGGACCGCGGCAUAAUUACUGAUGAAUUAAUGCUCGCUGAUGAACCCGCCCUUGGAGAAUGGACUAUCCAGGUGGAGGUGCGUGGGCAGACGUACUCGCGCACCGUGCUGGUGGCCGACUACGUGCUGCCCAAGUUCCAUAUGGAGAUGACCAUGCCCAAGGAACUGCUGUUCAGCGAAGGACGAUUCACCGUUAACGUCACCGCCAAACACUUCAACGGACUACCCGUGCGGGGCGAACUAACGCUCUCCGCGUACGCCGUAUUCUUCUCUGGCUUGCUGCAGCCAGUAGCCAGCUCACCCACCAGGAAGGUGGUAGACAUCAAUGGGAAUGUAGAAGUGACGUAUGAUCUUAAAACUGAUCUUGACCUUGCCGAGGACGCAGCGAGACCGCUCGUAGUCGAAGCUGUAUUGGAAGAAAAAGAUACUUUGAUACGACAGAACAUAUCUUCAAGAAUAUUGCUGUUAAGGAGUCCGUAUAGACUGAAGGUUACUGCGCCGGAUUACUUCAAGCCGACGCUGCCUUACGUUGUUCAGAUCGAGCUAGUACUGCCAUCGGGAGAAAUCUUCGAGAGUGACGAGGACAUCAGUGUGGAGCGUUUGUGGGAUGACGGCGCUCCGGUGAACGUGACUACCCUUAAGCUGAACAAAGGCCGCGCCCUCUACACCUUUGUACCUGACGCCGCUCACGUCAACUCCACGCUUAAUUUAGUUGUGAAAUACAAAGAAGUGUCGGAGCGAGUGGUGAACGUACAGAGAAAUGACUAUUCCGGCGGUCAGUUUUUCACUAUGGAGAUUCUGACGAGCAACACGUCUAACGGUGACGAGAUGCGCGCGCGCAUCACCGCCACCGAACCCAUGGACCUGGUGCACUACGUAGUCAUCGGGCGCGGCGACAUACUCGCUGCGAAGACUUUAGAACUGAGUCCGGCGCGUCGCAGCGUGGACGUCUCGGUGGAGACGUCGUGGCGCAUGGCGCCGGGCUGCGUGCUGGCGGCGUGGUAUCCGCGCCUCGACCCCGCCAACGCGCUGCUCGCCGCCGCGGUGUACGUGCCGCACAACGACUUAUUGCAGCAUACGGUGUCUCUCUCGCCCGUGGCCACGAACGGCAUCAACCCGAAGCCGAACAGCCUGGUGGAGCUGCGCGUGACGGGCGCGGCGGGCGCGCGCGUGGCGCUGCUCGCGCACCCCGCCGGCGCCGCGCGCGCGGGGCUCGCCGCCCGCGACGGCAGCGGCAGCGGGCUCACGCUCACCGCGAUCGAACGAGAAGUAGAAAGUUUCAGCGGGUUAAAACAUUCCGUGUUCAAAAACGAAGACCAUCUUCCUGCUAAGGGCUUAGACUUAGGAGGUUAUUCGUUUUCUGACGUGUUCGAGAAUGCAGGAGUUGUGAUAUUAACCGACGGUGUUGUCAUCAAAAAUACUGAAGAUGAGUCCGGCGCGCGCGGCUCGGUGGAGACGGGCACGCGCGCGCCGCUGGCGGGGCCGUACGCGUUCAGCCGCCUGCCGCCGCCGCCCUCGCCGCGCUACUACCUCACGCUCGCGCCGCGACCCACCUGGACCCUCGCCAACUUCACCAUCGGAAGCGACGGCAAAGGCUCCAAAGAGGUUUGGACUCCUACCACGACGGGAGAAUUUAUAGUGGGAGGGUUCGCAGUACAUCCCACUCUAGGACUGGGCCGGGCUACUCCACAGAACUUCACCACGUCAGUGCCAUUGUCGAUGACCGCCGAGCUGCCCACCAUCUUACAGAAGGGAGAAACUAUAGCAGCUAUCAUUAUCCUGACGACUACGCUGGCUGUCGACACGAGCGUUGAAGUCACUUUCUACAACAGCGAUCAGUAUUUCGAAUUCGAACCUUUGGAGAAUGAAGUCGAAUCUGCUAAAAAGAUCGAGUUGUUCCGUCGCGUGCGCGUGACGGUGCCGGCGCGCGGCUCGACCAGCACCGCGUUCCUCGUGACGGCGGUGCGCACCGGCGAGGCGCCCGUCAUCGUCGAGGCCAGCGGCAACGGACUCUCGGACUCGCUCUUCCGCACCAUCGAUGUUAAAGACGGAUACGAAGAAGAUCUGUACGCAUGGGGCCUGCUGGACGCGCGUCGCGGCGUGUCCCGCGCGAACGUGUCGCUGUCGGUGCGCGGCGGCGUGCGCGCAGGCGCGGUGUCGCUGUGCGCGGCGGGCGAGCUGGUGGCGGGCGCGCUGCGAGCGAGCCGCGCGGCGCCCGCGCCCGCCGCCGACCCGCCGCACGCGCUGCGCCCGCUCGCGCUCGCCUGCGUGCUGCUCGACUAUCUGCAGGCUACACACCAAGAAGAAUCGUCAAUAACGAAAGAAGCUCGCGCUUUGGCAUCCGUUGGUUACCAGCGACUGAUGGCAUACCGACGAAAGGAUGGCUCAUUUGCCGCCGAAAUGGACAGUGAAGUGGAGGGCGAUGUGUGGAUGACGUCGCAGGCGGUGCAGUGGAUGUCUCGGUGCGCGCGGCACGUGGCGGUGUCGCCGGGCGCGCGCGCGUCGGCGCGGUGGCUCGCGCAGGCGCAGCGCCCCGACGGCUCCUGGCCCGCGCCGCCCGCGCGCACGCGCAACGACCCGCGCGCCGCGCAGCCGCUCACGCUCGCCGCACACGCACUCAUCGCUCUCAACUAUGUCAAGAGCAGCGAGCCGCAGUACAAGGAGAACGUGGACAAGGCGGCAGAGUUCCUGGUGUCGCAGGCAUCGUCGGCGCCGGACGCAUACUCGCUGGCGGUCACGUGCGCAGCGCUUGCCGCCAACAACAACCCCAACUUCCUCAACGCACUACAGCUCAUGGACAAGUACACCAACUCAUCAGGACCCGGUAUAUUCUGGUCACGGCAGCUAUCAGGCUCGGAGUGGCGCAACCCCUGGCUGCACGGCAACAGCCUGGACGCGCAGACGGCGGCGUGGGGCGUGCGCUGUCUCGUGGCCGCGCGCAAGACCGACGAGGCCGUGCCUGUGGUCCGCUACCUGCUCGAAGCCUACCAGCCGUACGAUCCAGAUCCUGAAGUGGUGGACUCGUUAGCCCUGUUCAGUCAAACAGUGCGCGAGACAGUGAAGCUGCGCGUGUCCGUGAACGUGAGCGGCUCGGAGGAGGCGCGACAGUUCCAGAUCGGAGACAACAACGCGCUCAUCAUACAGUCGCAACUGAUCCGCAACAGUUUGUCAGCGACGGCAGUUACUGAGGGGCGCGGAAUAGCUCUGAUCGGUUUGUCAGCUAAGGGCAGCACCAACGUCACCGCGCCGUGGCCGCGGUACACGCUCGACCCCAGGGUCGACCAGGUCUCCACUAAGGAUCGACUCCAGCUGUCUAUUUGCUAUGGAUUUGUCGCGGCAGGCAACGACUCUGAGAGCGGAUUGGCGUUGCUGACGGUACAGCUGCCAUCUGGAUUCCUUGCAGACAUAAACACCAUCACAGAACUAACGUCGGUGCGGCACGUGUCGGCGGCGCGGGUGUCGCUGGGCGGCGCGCGCGUGCUGGCGUGGGUGCGCGCGGCGCGUGCCGAGCGGUGCGUGACGCUGGCGGCGCCGCGCGCGCUGCCCGCCGCCCGCCAGCGCGCCGGCUGGGCCACGCUCACCGACCUCUACGAUACCAGUCACCGUGCACGCGCGUUCUUCCACGGCGUGCCGAGUUCUGCGUGCGACGUGUGCGCGGCGUGGGCGUCGUGUGCGCGCGCGUGCGGCGCGGCUGCCUCCCGCCGCGCUCCGCCGCCCGCCACUGCGCAUGCGCACGCACUGCUGCCCACCGCCGUCACCACCAUACUCGUCCUCAUUGCACUAAUGCUGCAUAUAUGCCGGAUAUGACUGCCUUGUUCGUAGAGCUGCCAUCUGUCCCACUUCCCCGAAAAUAUAAAUUUCAAGCCGUUGAGGGGUCUAAAAAUAUGUUUCGUAUACACCUACAAGUUAAAAGUUCAUAUAAAUAACAGCUACAUAUUAACAUUACAAAAUUUACCUGGUUUUUAGACCUUUUGAACGAGAGAUAUAAAAAAUAGCAAAUGUUUUUUAUAGCUAGACAUCAGUGACGUAACUAGACCGUAAUGGGUCCGUGGCAAUUAAGCGAAUGGUCGGGCCCGUCCUUACAUAAAAAAAUAUUUAUCUAAAUAGUUUUUUUCCCGCAACCAUUUUUUAAGUUCCAAUACACAAAACUUAAUAAAUUUGGCGAAAGUUUGAGGCCCUCUGAUGGCAUUUUGCCCGUCUUGUCACUCUAGUUACGUCACUGCUAAGCAUUAAUAUUCAUUACACCUAAAUAUUGCUGUUAUGACAAAUUGUUGGCGUCAUUAAUUUAAGUUAUUUUAGGACUAAUAAGUACCUAAUUGUGCACAUUGCACUUAUAAUAAGUACCAAGCGCGAACUCAAAUAGACAACGGUCACACGAUACACAUUAAAUAAGGCGGCUCUAAAACAUCAUAGAUUCUAAUAAAUGUUUGCCCACUAAACUGUCGAAAAUUUAAGCCUUAUUAAAUAUAAUUAGAUACCUUAGUAAUUUAACAAUGCCUAUAAACAAAAAAUAUAUAUGAUAUACUUUAUUUUACUAGUCACACAUUAUCAUAAAAUUACAUAAAAUUGUUACGCGAAAUUCAAAUGAACAAAAUAAUAUCGAAUAAUUUUAUGUGCCUACAGCAAAGUGUUGCACUUAUGUAUACGCCUAAUAUUUGAUAGAUUUUAAAUUAUUAAAAAGGAUAUUUUGUAAUUUAUAAGUAAAUGCUUCUCGAAAUAAGAUCAAUAAAGAGCCUAACUACUAA